ACGAUGAUAUACUACUGUACAUACUAUGGACAGGUUUACCACUCUUGAACCCAUCAAAUUAUACUCGACUCCAUCCUCAGCAGCAAAGAGCGCAUCCAAGCUCUCAACUUCCGGAGCUCCUGCUAAUUUUUCUCUCAUCGGACGGCUACCGGUGGACGUACACAUCCUCAUCUUCUCAUAUGUGGCAGUUCCAGAUUUCCCUACUUAUGCGUUGAGCUGCCAUGCCCUUGCAAGACUGUCCGCCGACGAGCGAGUGUGGGAAAAACGGUGGCGGGCGUUCGGCGCGGAGCGACUCAGCCUCUCAGCUGUUCUAGACGAACUCGAGUCCCAGUCCAAGGCCCGGAACGCGAUACGCAAAGGCGGCCUCCCUCCGACUCUAGUUGUCGACGGCGCCGACGAUGACUUUGGAGACUUCACUACAGCCAAUGCCCCUCCAGACACUAUGGACGAUUUCGCGUAUGGCUUUACCGGUGUAUCUAAUCAAAGCUCGACGACUGUGACACGGACGACUCCCAGACCAACGUUCCGCUCUCGAUACAUUCGUGCGCACAGUCUACUCAAACCCUUUGUCUCUGCCCUGUCAUCUCCCCCACACACAAUCCUUAGUGCACUCUUCCCUGCACCAGCACCGCCCCUUAGCCAACAAUCACUUGUCUUGCGUCUGCUCUCACUAUUUCUGUCGCCCAGGGUCAAGCCACUACGGAGAUGGGAAACACUACAGUCAUCGCUCCGUGCCGCUAUAGAUCUCUUUGGCGAAGCAUUGCUGACAGCAUUUGAUGCGAAUGACAGCAAUGGGGAUGAAAAGGCAAUGGCAGAGGUUGCGCAAGCCAGCUGGGGUGUGUGGGAUCUGUCGGAGGGUUCAUGGGAGCUUGCGCGAGCAUGGAUGGACAAGCAUGAGAUAUUUUAUGAACAUCAGAGUAAAUGGGAUCCGCUGGAUAACUUUACGAAGGAUGAGCAACUGGAUUUCGACGCUAUGGAUGCGUUCAUUGCGAAUGCAAUGAGAGUGCUUAAAGAACAAGGAGGGCGUGCUGUUCGUGUGUUUCCCCCGGACGCAGGCGUUUUGAUCUCAUUCUCAGAGAGACUGGCGAAUGAAGUCGUAGGUGAAUACACCACCUCGCUAUUGACGCGGGCACGCGAGAUAUCGAAUGAGAUUUUCCUGAAGGCGUCCGCUGCAAGUUUUCGCGAGGCCUGGCGUAUGGUGGAGGCAAUCGUGGAAGUCUCCAGCGCGCGUCCUGCUACCGCGGUGACUCGUACCCGUGCGGAAGAUGUCGUAUAUCGGAUGUUUGAACCAAACAUGGACGAGUAUCUUGAUGAGGAAGUUGAAUACGUUAAGUUGUGUUUUGACCGGAUAUGUCGUGCAUGGGAGAGAACGGUUCCUACGACACCAACCGCCCCACACGAACAGGCACGUUUCCUUAGCUCGCACAACCCUGCGCAAGUCAAGAGGAACGUUCUUGCGUCCUUUACUGAUGUCCUAUUACUGCCUGUUACGAUCGUACCGCGUACGACUGUCGCCGUGGGCAAGGCCUUCGGCGCCGCAUUGACGACAGGUGGGAAUGCCGCGGUACAGGGCAUUGCGAUGCUUAACCCCCAACGCUGGGGUGGGAGUGGUGCCCUUGGGAGAGACGGCUAUGCGGAGUUCGGUCAGGCGGGCACUGACGCAACUGUGUUUGAUAUCGGAGAUGAAAACGGUCAGGAAGAUGAGGAGAAAGAGACGGUUCGAGAAAAGAAACAUGUACGAUGUGGUCUCGCACCUUCCCUCUCGUCUGAUUCAAAUUCAACGCGCAUCUCGACACGCGCAACAACGCCCGUGCCCUCGGGGUCGUCAUUUGACCAGUUCGAGAUGCUACUAUCGCUCGACAUAGCUCUGGAGCUCAUCCACACAGACCGGGAGUCGUUAAAACGCUGCGAGACUUUUGCAGGAUAUCCGGGCCAGUACGGGCGCCGUGUGCACGAUACAGUGGAGGAAAUCUUUGUAUUAUUCCUGCAGGCUUUAGGCGAGCGGCACAUCAAACCUGGGUUCGAGAGGGCGGCCGAGCAGAUGAGGGCAUACCAGCCAGCAGAUCACGAAGAGACCACUAGUGUCGCGCCAUUGCUCCAGUUCUUCGAGCUGGUGCAUAUGGGAGAUACAAUGCAGUCGAUGGUACAGGUUUACUUUGACAAAGAGCUGGUACCACACAUAGAUAAGACCGAUUUCCUGAACACUGCUGUACGCGAGAAGAAGCACUUUGAGGACAUCCUUGAUGACUCCGUCGCCGCGGGCCUGAACAUGGGCACCGAGACGCUCAUGAAUCAGGUCGAGCAUAUUAUCACCAAGCACACCAAGCCUCGUGAAUACUACCCGCCAGAGGACCAACCGCUCGAGCUCGGGCCUACCGAGGGCUGCAGAGAAGCGAUCAAGUGCCUACAGAUGCACUGCCAGCUACUCAAAGGUAGUACCAGUAAAGAGGUUCUCGAAGUGUUCUAUCAGGAGAUUGGGAUUCGAUUGAUAGCCAUCUUACAAAAGCAUAUCAAACGGCAGAUCAUAUCUCUUAAUGGCGGCUUCCAGGUUAUCGCUGACCUAAACGCAUAUUAUGCCUUCAUCACGUCGCUCAAGGUGCCCAGCAUUGCGUCUGAGUUCUCGUACUUGAAGCUUCUGGGCCACGUAUACGUUGUCGAAGAUGCGAAAGAUUUGGCGCAGAUCGUGCGAGACGUUACUCGCUAUGGUGGGGCGUAUCGUCCGGAGGACGUGUACGAGUUCAUUCAGCGCCGAUCAGACUGGAAGAAAAUUGAGAAAACAGUGGAUAAGACUAUGUAUAACCUUAGCUUUAAGGAGGACUGCAUCAUUUCAUGACUUCGUUUAUUCGAUCUAUAUAAAAACGAACAAGAUAUUUUGCACCGCUUCACUAGCUAAAAUCAACCUUCAUAUCGAUGGGUGGAGACGAUGAGA